CUUCGAUUCUCGUUCCGGAUCCCCCUAUAUAUCCGUCGCCUCCUGCGGAUAGAUCUCCAACUACUCGCACCAACAACCCGAGGGCCGGUCAUCGAUCGCCGGCGGCCAUGGAUCAGGAGCUCCAAGAAGCCGACGUCCUGUGGCCGGACGUCAACCACCGCGCCGAUGAUCAUCGCUGCCACGGCCAUGGUUACCAGCCGCAGCGCCGGGAGAGCAGGCAGCCCCACUACGCCGACAUCGCGCGCGCGCCGCGGCAGGCGUCGUCGGCGCCCGUGGGCAUCCCGGAAAUAAAAAGGUCCCCGACGACGGAGCAGGGCUCAUGGGCGCCGCGGAGAUGCUGCAGCGAAGACCUUGAUGGUGGCGUGGACAGGGCGGCGUCGGCAUCGUUCGUGGCGCCGCACGAGAUGGCGGCGAGGCGGCGGUGCGGGGAGGGGGAUGAGGAGCGGUCGGUGUGCGUGGGGCACGGGCGCACGCUCAAAGGCCGCGACCUCCGCUCCGUCCGCACCGCCGUGCUCCGCAUGACCGGCUUCCUCGAGACCUGAUCAAUCGGCGACCGCCGCCACCGAUCGAUCGAAGCCGCAGCCCGUUCUAGCUAGCUAGAUUCCGUAGCAAUCGUCCAGAACAGUUUUGCGUGUCGAUUAAUGUAGUUCCUGCUGACAAAUGCAAAACACAAAAUGGAAUGAAAUUGCAAAUCUGCGCCAAGAGGAUGCUGCAGUUCGAUCUAUCCGCAGCACCCACCAUUUCUUGUCC